AUGUGCGUCCCAGAACAGAACAUUGCAAUAGCUGACGAAAACUCCAGUGUUCUCGCACUUUUUGGUGAGAGAUUUGCACAGCAAUUCUUGAGUGAAGCCUACAGUUGGCUCGACUGUCUCAUAUUUGCCUGUGCACCUCUAGGGAUCAUCACCGCGAUCGUUGGGGCUAUUCGUGUGGCUGGAUAUCCCUGGAUGCGGUCUAUAAUCGGCAGAGCAAGAGAAAAUCGAGCUUCUGCCGAAAUUGAGUUCAUGUCCUCGACUUCACAUGAAGUCUGCGAGCUCUGGAAUGGGACGUCCAUUGUAAGAACAAUGGGUAGGCCACUCGUCGCGCAGAUUAUUGCUGUUGAAUCGCAGAAGGACAAUCCUGAGACAUUUGGGCUGUAUAUUUUAGACGACGUUGGAGAAGUCAUGAAAAUGACAGCUUACAAUUCAGCUUGGAAAGAAAAGAUACAUGCUGCGGCUGAGAGAAUAUCCAUCUGGAAGCAUAUACUAACCCCGUCGCACUGCUUGUUCAAACGUUCAGACAAGCAACAGCAAGAUUUGGAAAAACGGCCCAUAGUAUCUCAAGGGAAGAAAGGUGAAGGUCCAAUACAGACCAAAAAGGCUGACCAAGCUACCCGAGACCCCUCUAGGCCCUCUGUGGCCGGUGAGGCAUUGUCAGACAAGAUGAAGUUUGAAAAAACUUACUCCACUGAAGCUCCGAAUAUUCUGCUUAAUCUUCAUGGCGGCACCAGUCUUAGAAUACUGAUACCAGCUACCGUCGUCGGCGUUGUCCUUCAGACAGGAGUUCUGGUGUUUGCAGCCUUGGCAUCUCAAUGGCCACUUCUCGUCGCGGAAUUACCUAGUUCUGAAAGUGCCACAGACUAUGGAUUUCACCUCCUUCUAGUCGGAACCAUUUUUCUCGCCGUUGGCUUGUUCAUCGUUACUUUCGUCAUAGAACAGAGCACUGAAGAAACGAAAUGGAUGGUCAACGACCGGGCCGCUCCCAACAUUCGGGUAAUAUGGCUCCAAAGACAGAGUGUUGUUGGCGACCAAUCCUUCGAAUCAUACAUGCUUACGCAGACAAAAAAGUGUACCGAGGUGCUUACCUCACGGCGUGCAAAGGCAAACACAAUCAACGGCAACGGUAGCAACGUCAUUCCGAGCAAAUCAUUGUUUACUGUCUUGGGAACAGGGAUGGGACUCAUUGGCUUUGUCUGCCAGUUCCAAGGAUUUCGCAGUGUGCACUGGUUGUGUGCAAUCGUUCAGCUUGGAGCUACUGCUAUUAUGACUCUAGUAAGAGCACUGAUACGAGGAGGAUUUGUGGUUGACCCGAUUGUGGAGUCUGUUUACAAAGACCAUGAGAUCGAUACCUUGGCAUUGAAAUUAGCGAAGGAUGAAGGGUGGUUGUGGAAUAAUGGUGUCUCAAAUACUGCAACGACUACUAGCGGUAAUGUUCCAACUCAUGGGGCUACAGCAACAGUUUCCAUAACCCUGCCAGCAAGUACUACGCAUGAAAGCCCGGCGUCAUCAUCCAGUGGGCACUUAAAUGCGCAAGAAAACGCGGAACCCAUUUUUCAGAUUGAACCAAAGCACUUGGCACAUCUGUCAUAUGUGGAUGAUGAAAUUCUUGAAGAUUAUCGCAACGCAGAGGACAAGUACGGCCAGAGAGCUGUUGAUAUGGGCUAUAGACUCCGAGAGCUAACCCGAUGGAAGACACCAAUCUCGGAAGCAUCAGUGGCAGCAGCUGCAGCAAUAAAGAUCAUGAUGGACGAAUUCUUGACUGCGGAGAAAUAUUAG